GUCUGAUCUCUCAAACGACAACAAAUCAAUAACGACAAAUAUUCACACACCCUCUCACUUGCUUUGUUUGUUAAUGCAGACAUGGAAGAUCCUUCAAAAGAGAGCCUUUAAUGCAUCAAUGACCUUCUCUCGUGACAAAACCCUAGAUAAAACUAGAAACCCAUUUUAAUAGCUCAAGAACCAGUUCUGAUAUACACAUAAUCAAGAGAAGAGAAGAGAUAUUAUCAUGGGGCUUUUCAUGGGUUUUUUAUGAAUUUGAAAACCCAGUUGGGUUUUUGAGUGUGCUUGUGUGUCGGCUCUUCUGAUAGGAGAGGAGAUUAUUGGCUGUUUCUGCUGCUUCUGGUACUGUUCUUUCUUAUGUUUGAUCUUCAUCUCAUACUCUACAAAGAUGUUGUACCCAUGUGAGUUUGUUCUCCGAGGUUUGAUUAUUUUUAAUUAAGCUUUGUGUUGGUUUGAGGCGUUUGUGCCUGUUCUUCCAUUUUCGUCAAGCUCAUUUUGACUGCUCUCUGUUUGCGAUUGAUUUUUCUGCAUAUUUAAAUUUCAAUUACUGGGGUACGGAUUCUGGCAUAAAUAAUUCUUUGAAUUCUCCUUCCUUUCUUCUGGGUUGAUUUUUUAUUAAGAGAAGGGAUUGUUCUGCAAAUUUUUUUCAGACCGUAAGAAGAUUCCAUCCAGGCAACACAGUACUUGUUUCUAUCUUCAUUUUCAAUCUUUAAAUUCAUUCUAGACGUAUUUGACAAUUCUUGGGCUUUGCCUUUCUUCCGAACAGAGGAAUCUCUGUGGUGGUGGAUGGCAGGAAUGGCUCAAGAUGAGGGAUCAUCGUCUGUAACUUCAUCACCCCUUCAGUUCUUCUCCUUGAUGUCUCUCUCCCCCAGCUUAGGUUCACCUUACCCAUGGCUCAGAGAGCUCAAAUCUGAGGAGCGUGGCUUGUAUCUGAUCCAUCUGUUGUUGUCCUGUGCCAACCAUGUCGCUUCUGGUAGCCUCGAGAAUGCGAAUAUCGCACUCGAGCAAAUCUCACACCUUGCCUCACCUGAUGGCGACACUAUGCAGCGCAUUGCUUCCUACUUUACCGAGGCCCUUGCUGAUCGGAUUCUCAAGGCCUGGCCUGGCCUGCACAAAGCCCUCAAUUCCACAAGAAUAUCUUCGCUCUCGGACAGAAUUAUUGUUCGAAAAUUGUUCUUUGAGCUCUGUCCCUUCUUGAAGGUUUCCUAUUUGAUCACCAACCAGGCCAUCAUUGAAGCUAUGGAAGGGGAGAAGAUGGUUCACAUCAUUGAUCUCAACGCUGUGGAGCCUGCGCAGUGGAUUGCACUCCUUCAGGUCUUGAGUGCACGAAGGGAAGGCCCUCCCCAUUUGAGAAUUACAGGCAUUCAUGAACAGAAGGAGGUACUGGAACAAACAGCUCUUCGUUUGACUGAAGAAGCUGAGAAAUUGGAUAUCCCAUUUCAAUUCAAUCCUGUAGUUAGCAAAUUAGAGAAUCUUGAUGUUGAAAGCUUGCGUGUUAAGACCGGAGAGGCUUUGGCAAUCAGCUCUGUCCUUCAACUGCAUUCCCUCUUGGCAUCCGAUGAUGAAAUCCUCAGGAAGAAAUCCCCAACUGCUUACAAGAAUUUGAAUUCAGUUCACCUGCAGAGGGUCUUGCAGAUGAACCAGGGCAGUGUGGGGGAAUUGCUCGAUAAAGAUUUGACCAAUGGGUACAGCCCAAGUCCAGAUUCAGCAUCAUCAUCUCCGUUAUCUGGGACUGGUUCAGCAAAGAUAGAGAGCUUCCUCACUGCCCUUUGGGGGCUAUCACCAAAAGUAAUGGUAGUUACCGAGCAAGAAUCGAACCAUAAUGGAUCAACCUUGAUGGAGAGACACUUGGAAGCACUUUACUAUUAUGCAUCACUCUUUGAUUGCUUGGAAUCAACAUUAUCGAGGGCUUCAAUGGAGCGAAUGAAAGUAGAGAAGAUGCACUUUGGGGAAGAAAUUAAGAAUAUUAUUGCAUGUGAGGGAUCUGAGAGGAAGGAAAGGCAUGAGAAGCUUGAUAAGUGGAUCCAGAGGCUGGAUUUCGCAGGGUUUGGAAGGGUGCCUUUGAGCUACUAUGCUCUGUUGCAAGCAAAGAGACUGCUGCAAACCUAUGGUUGUGAUGGAUAUAAGAUUAAAGAAGAGAACGGCUGUUUGGUAAUUUGCUGGCAAGAUCGAGCCCUGUUUGCAGUUUCAGCUUGGAAGUGUAGCAGGUACGAUUGAUCAUUUUUCUUAUGUGAGCUUUUCUUUUCUUCCAUGUACAAAGGAUUUCAGGUUUGUUCUUUUUUGUUUUUGUAUUUGUUUUUUAAUCUACAAAUGCAUAGUAGUCUGUGGAAGGGUUUGAAGGUAUUCUUCACCCUCUGUUCUACAUUUUGUUUAUUUAUUUAUUGACUUUCUCGUUAUGGCUUUUCUUUAGACUCAUGCUGAACCUUGGUGUGCUUGUUUUAAUACAAAAAUUUCACUGUUUUGAA